GCCGCAUCAGGAGAGAGAGCAAAUAGUAGAGAGGAGAGGAGUGGAGAGGAGAAGGUGAGGAGAGGAGAAGGAGAGGAGAGGAGAGGAGAGGAGAGGAGAGGAGAGGAGAGGAGAGGAGAGGAGAGGAGAGGAGAGGAGAGGAGAGGAGAGGAGAGGAGAGGAGAGGAGAGGAGAGGAGAGGAGAGGAGAGGAGAGGAGAGGAGAGGAGAGGAGAGGAGAGGAGAGGAGAGGAGAGGAGAGCCAGUCAGAAGUGGAACUGUCAUGUCAUGUUUCUACAGCAUGUUAGAGACAUCUGAUCUUAGUAAAUGGCAGGUUGUACGAACACACAUCACUUUUGAAUCUUUUUACCUUUGGUUUUGUACACCAGCUUCAAACAGCUGAAAAUACAACAUUUGGGGUUGUUGAAAAUAUAUUUCACAGCGGUUUAGAUUGUACAAUGAUUCUGGACAAUGAUUGCUUGUUUUGUCGCAAACUGACAUUUGGCGAGGUGAUAGAAUUUUAGCAACCGUUUAAUUACAAAUCGUUUUUAAUGUGAUCUAGUGCUACUGAGAACUGACUUCCUCCCCAAUGCUUCUCAUCGCUCCACAGCUCCACUCAGAUGGGGACCGGGGUGACGGUAGCAUACGGUACGUCCUGACUGGCGACGGAGCCGGUACUCUGUUCAUCAUUGAUGAGAACUCAGGAGAUAUCCACGCCACUAAGAGGCUGGACCGGGAGGAGAAGGCCUACUACACGCUCCGGGCCAAGGCCGUCAACAGAAUCACUAACACCUCUCUAGAGGGAGAGUCAGAGUUUAUUAUCAAGAUCCAUGACAUCAACGACAACGAACCGAAGUUUACCAAGGACCCCUACUUCACACACGUACCUGAGAUGUCCCCACUGGGUACGUAUGAACACCUACACCAUAACCCCUACUUCACACAUAUAAAGAUGUCCCCAUUGGGUACGUAUGAGCCCCAACUUCACACAUGUACCUGAGAUGUCCCCACUUGGUACUUAUGAACACCUAUACCCUAAGAGAUGAGAUGAACACCUACACCCUAACCCUAACUCUUACUUCACGCAUGUACCAGAGAUGUCACCAAUUGGUACAGAUGUAGGAUCUUAAUUUUAGCCAGUUUGUGAAUUAUUAUAGGGAUUAUAAUUAAUGGACAUUUUUGUAGGGGUUGAUGCAUUUUUCUUUCGGGCAAAUCUGUCUGAAAUUUCAAAGUGAAAAUUACAAACCUGAAAAGCCUUUUUCAAUACACCAGAAGUUUGCAUUUCAGAAAAUUCUCAGCAACGAAAGAGUGAUCAAAUUAAGAUCCUACACCUGUAUUAGCCCCUACUUCACACAUGUACCAGAGAUGUCACCACUGGGUACUUAUGAGAGACGUAGGCUACAGAGUACAUCCCAAAACUAUCUAAAUAAUCAUUUCAACCACUUUUGCCUUGGGUGUAACUGUAACUCAUAGCUUGACCAAACGUUUUUAAACAGCACAGUUAAACUGGAAAUCAUUAUGAAAGAGGGGGAUUCCAUGCAGUCAGUGGUAAUAAUAUAUUUCAGUCUUGUAUCUGCAAUGGAUAGCAGGAUUAGAAGGCUUAUGAUGUGUGAGACACGAUAGAGUUGUUACAAACAACUUAUUGGAUCAAUGACGGCUUUAUCAAUCAUAAUAAUGAGAGGAGAGAUUGACUGUGUCCCAAAUUGCAUUUUAUUCCCUGCGUACAUAAUGCACCCCUUUUACCAGGUCCCAUAUGGCUCUGGGCCUUGGUCAAAAGUAGUGCAUCACAUAGGGAAUAGGGUGCCAUUUGGGACAUAGCUAUUGAGUCAUUAAAUGAGAAUGAUUACAGGCCAUGCACUGGUUUAUUACAGCAAAACAAACAAGGUAAAGCGGUCCAACAAUGCUGAUUAUAUCAGAUACUUAAGCUAAUCUUUUGAAUACACUGUUCAGUGUUCAAUUACAACACAUUAAACAAUGGAUGAAACUGUCUAUAUUUCUGUCUGGUGUAUGCCAAUAGUUGGAAUCUGUAUAAUUUUUCCAGUUCAGUGGGUAGAUGGCUGAAGACAUAUGACGUUUACGCUUAACAUAACACCUCUAACACACUCUAUAACACCUGCGUAAGGAACACACAACACACUUUUCAUCAGUACAUUAGCUUUCAUCAUCGCACAUGUCAAAAAACGCAACUGAUGGCAAUUAUAACUUAUAACUUCGAACUUUACAGAGUUCAAUAACUUUGUUCUGUCCUGGUGCUGUAAGUGUGAGUGACAGUGGUGACAUAACACAGACAGGUGACAAACCCUGUCACUCUGUUCACCACAUCUAAGUAAGAAAAGCAGUUGCCCAUUGUAACAAGCGAGGUGUGAUAUCACAGCCUGAAAGUGGACCUGUUCUGAACCUGCCUUCCACUGGACAUCAUUUGUCUUGUGAAAUCCUGACAAUUCCCUCUUCAGAGAGGUGAUAUCAUCAAGGAAAUAAUCUCAAACCUUAGUUUAUUUAUAAAGUAAGAGGUUAAAGAGAAAAGUAACUUCAGAUGUUUGUGGCGGUAAUGUAACGUGCCCACUAUUUUCACCCUUGCAGACCUCACAUUGCUACUGAAUUAGAACACGUUUCAGUUGGUUACGAUUCCAAUUGUAUCGCACAAUUCUAUAUUUAUGUUAAUUUCCAUUAAAUAUUUCGACUCAAUUAAUUAUUAUUAUGCAUUUAAUGAGGCAACACUGGGCCCCGCUAGGCAUCGUUGGAAUGUACCAUGUGACUAACACUUCUCUCCUUUGUUCCCUUGGAAUAUAAUUAUCUACCUCUGAUAAGGAAAAUGGAUCACAGCCGUUGCCUAAGUGAUCAUGCCAAAUGUAAUCAUAUUGCCAUUGAUGAAAGAUUUUUACACUAUUUUAGCUGAACAGCAUACCAUUUACCUUAAAAUCCCGAUAACAUUUCAUUACCUCCCUUACAACAAAAACAAGACAUUUGCAGUUUCACCUGUGAAAAUCAGAUUUUCAUAUUUGAAAUUGCAUUUUCACAUGUGAAAUAACUGUUUUCACAUGUUGAGCUGAAAUAUUCACAUGAUAACAAAAGAGACAUGUGAAACCAUGUGUUCACGUGUACUCAAUAUAGAGUUAACAUGUUAACACCACCUUUUCACAUGAGGAGAAUAAUAUGUUUUCUGAAUUGCAGAUUCACAUGUGGAAUUAGCAUUUUCACAUGUGAAAAACGUUCAUGUAUGAAAACCUUAACUUUCACAUGUGGAAUAGGGUUGAAUAUUUUCCCUGUAUUUUACAAAUGUUCCAUCCCGAGAAUAAAUCACUUUUCUCUCGGGUAACCCGGUAUUUCCCGCCAAAACCGAAAGUGUCAUUCAAAAGCUUCAUAAAGCAUAUAAAUAAGCCUAUGUCUGGAUUUGAUUAGAGCUUUGAUCGAAAAUUCAAGCCUGAUGCUACCUGAGCCUGAUGAGCCAUACAUUAAAGACAUUUAAUGAGCCCAAGCCCAAAAAUGAUCAAAUUAUUGUGCCGUUAUCCAAUACAUAGGCUAUACGAUAUAGGCUACUGCACAUUAUGCACGACAGAAAAACAUAAAAGCCCAUAGAUGUAGCUAGCUAUUUGCUCUCUUGGGUAAAUAAAUUAAACUAGCUCCAGUUGGCAUUUGUUUUUAAGUGUGAACUGUAUUACUGUACUGUAUUGUAUUAUACUGUAUUAUAUGGACUGGAAUUACACACAUCGUUCAAACCAUGAUAAAGGGAGAUUACAUGCGAUUCUGAUGCAGCAUAUGCGACCUACAAAGUUACAAGUAUAGGCUAGCUAAUUUGAUUUAUAGAAAUAUAAUAGGGCCUAUUUGUAUAAUUAGUAGGCUGACGCAUAUAUACCUUUCAUAAUACAGAGCUCCAGAGUUCCUCUGUGGAGAUGGGAGAACCUUCCAUAAGGACAACCAUCUCUGCAGCACUCCACCAAUCAGGCCACUCCUCAGUCAAAGGCACAUGACAGCCCACUUGGAGUUUGCCAAAAGGCACCUAAAGACUGUCAGACCAUGAGAAACAAGAUUCUCUGGUCUGAUGAAACCAAGAUUGAACUCUUUGGCCUGAAUGCCAAGCGUCACGUCUGGAGGAAACCUGGCACCAUCUCUACGGUGAAGCAUGGUGGUGGCAGCAUCAUGUUGUGGGGAUGUUUUCAGCGGCAGGGACUGGGAGACUUGUCAGGAUCGAGGGAAAGAUGAACGGAGAAAAGCACAGAGAAAUCCUUGAUGAAAACCUGCUCCAGAGCGCUCAGGACCUCAGACUGGGACGUAGGUUCAACAUCCAACAGGACAACGACCCUAUGAACACAGCCAAGGCAACACAGGAGUGGCUUCGGGACAAGUCUCUGAAUGUCCUUGAGUGGCCCAGCCAAAGCCCGGACUUGAACCCGAUCGAACAUCUCUGGAGAGACCUGAAAGUAGCUGUGCAGCAACGCUCCCCAUCUUACCUGACAGAGCUUGAGAGGAUCUGCAGAGAAGAAUGGGAGAAACUCCCCAAAUACAGGUGUGCCAAGCUUUAGCGUCAAACCCAAGAAGACUUGAGGCUGUAAUCGCUGUCAAAGGUGCUUCAACAAAGUACUGAGUAAAGGGUCUGAAUACUUACGUAAAUGUGAUAUUUCCGUUUUUAUACAUUUGCAAACAUUUCUAAAAAUCUGUUUUUGCUUUGUCAUUAUGGGGUAUUGUGUGUAGAUUGAUGAGGACAGAAAACAUUUUAAUCCAUUUUAGAAUAUGGCUGUAACGUAACAAAAGUUGGAAAAAGUCAACGGGUCUUUCCGAAUAAAUAAUCUGGAACAGGAUUAUCUAUUUUGGAUGGAAUUUGAAUGGAGUUGAUGGAGAGAGAGAAAGACUGCGAGAGAGUGCUUGCACGUGCACUGAUUAAAGCAUUGAUUUUUGAGCGAUAGGCUGUUUUAAAACUCUGCAGCUGCAAUAAAAUAAAAUACAUCUUUACAAUAAAAAAAGAAGGUGACCCCCGAAAGCCAGAUGGAGAUGGGUAAAUUAGACGUGCAUUCAGUCUUUAUAGUACUGUAGCAUAGGCUAUGCUGCAGCAAAUGUAGGCCUACCUGUCACAAGAAAAAAGUUACCAUGAUGAGAUGAUAGGUCUGCAUGCAUUGUGAACUGCACUCCAUACUGAGAUGGGCUGUCUGUCCCCACCCUGAGCGUUGAUGAUUCAUCAUUCAGAUGCUGUAGAGAAGCCAGAUUUAGACAUGGCAUAUCAUUUAACAGUUCCAUUUCACACCAUGCUGUUCAUAUAAAUAAUGUAUUAUAAUUAACCGCUUUCUCACAGUUAUUUAGCCCGGGAAAAGGGAGUGGUGUUGGGCGGUAAAUCUCGGUAACCGGGUUCCCGCCAUUCAAUCCUAAUGUGGAAUUUCACUUUCACAUGUGAAAAUCUAACUCUCACAUGUGGAAUUGUAUUUUCACAUGUGAAACAUUUUCAAAUGUUUUCGCGUGUAGAUUCAUGGUAUCACAUUGACAUUUUGCAUCCUCAUGUUGUCACAUUCAUUUCACAUGAGAUCAUGUUUUCACAUGUGUAGCUUCAUGUUAUCACAUGUUGCUUUUACAUGUCACAUGUUAUCACAUUAACUUCACAUAAGAUCUCAUGAAAUUCAUUAGGUUUUUCCGUAAGGGCAUAUUCCCUAUAUAGUGCACUUCUUUUGACCAGAGCCAUAUGGUCAAAAGUAAUGCACUAUAAAGGGAAUAUGGUGAAAUUUGUGACGCAGACAUACGUAUACUUCAGUUCAGCCCAGUUCAUUUUAUUGGCCUUAUUCAGGAAGUUGUGCUAUUGAGAUUGUUCACCAACACCACCUGACUCCAUUCCAUGUGUAUAACUUUGCUCACCAAGUCACUCUCUUCUUCUCCUUCCUCCUUCCUUCCCCAGGCACAGUGGUGAUGCAGGUGACCGCUACAGACGCUGACGACGCUACGUAUGGUAACAGUGCCAGGGUGGUCUACAGCAUCCUACAGGGACAGCCAUAUUUCUCUGUGGAGCCCAACACAGGUCAGUGUCAACAGGCACCCCAUCUUUCUUCUUCUUCUGUAGACAGAAAGGAGAGGUAGGGUCAGUUACAAUGCAAAUACAGAGUUCUAUAAUAAUUACCCUCUAUAGUCUAUCGGUGGCUCGAGGGGGUAAUGAUCACAGAGAGUCAACAGGGAACAGCACACACAAGGUGCCACUUCCCUGCCUUACUGAAGUUUCAUCUAGCACCUGAAUGAAACCCAAAGUCUGUGUGUGUGUGUGUGUGUGUGUGUGUGUGUGUGUGUGUGUGUGUGUGUGUGUGUGUGUGUGUGUGUGUGUGUGUGUGUGUGUGUGAACAACACGGCUAUUAACUCCCAUGUCAGACUGAAGAGACAUGACAGAAAAGAAGGGCAGAACCUCUGCCAACCGCCGCCUUUCAAGCCCAUGGCUCAGUCAUCACUGCUAGAUUUAAUCAUUUGUAAUGUGUGCUUUGGAAUGGACCCGGGUGUGUUGUUUGCUUAAACAAAAGGGAAAUUGCAACAAAAAAAUCAAUUUGCAGAUUAGUGCAGGGCUUAACAGUAAUAUGGUUUAUCCCAGAUGUGCCAUGUAAGCUGACAUCCCCCCUACACAAAGGCAGGCUUGGACAUCAGCAUGAUUCUCUCUCUCUCUCUCUGUGUGUCUUCCCGUGUUUGUUUGUGUGGAGUGAGAGAAAGAGAGAGAAUAGACAGAGUGAGAGAAAUAACGACUAGAGAGAGAGGGAGAACGAGAGACAGAAGAAAGAUAAAGAGAGAUAGAAAGGGCAGAGAGAUGCAUUCAGAGACUGUGUAUUGGUGUAUACAUGCACCAAUACACAUCUAUGUGUAUUUUCCCCCCUCAGCACUACUUGAAUGGACUAGCAUGUUUUUCAGGAGAGAGUUGCUAGCUGUCCUUCAGCGAGUAAGAUUGUGCUUUGUUAGGAAAAACGAAUUCUGCUGCAUCUUCCCUCAGCGCUUCACACACACACACACGCACACACACACACGCACACACACACACACACACACACACACACACACACACACACACACACACACACACACACACGCGCGCCUCUGUGCCUUGCUCCUCUCCUGCUGCCACAUCCUAUGUGAUAAAAAAGCAGGAUGAGAGUUGUAUAGCCCUGCAUUCACUGUGCCUUUCACCGACGCUACUUAGAUCUAGGUUUGAGUGACGUGCUGCAUCAGCCCUUAGAUCGCCUAUUGUUUGAUAUUCAAUGAAUUUCCUUUUUGGAAAAAGAGAUUUGAACCCGUGAACUCUGUCGAUGCAAUUGAUUUAGUGUUUUUUCCUUCUAUUUCUGUAUUUUACUGUAACAGUCUCUGUAGUUUUGAUGCUUCAAAUGGAUGACAAAAGCCACGGCAGCUCAAUAUCUGACAGACAGGAGGAGAAGGAAGCAGAGCGCUGCUUUUAAUAUGUAGUCAAUUAGAGCUUCACUGAACCUCUGUCCUGACUGAAAAACUAGAUUUUUUGUUUUUGUUGUAUGUAUAUAUGGAACGCAACUGUACUGUAUACCACAGAGAGACAGAGCGUCUAUAUCCAGGCCCUGAGGCAGCAAACCAGCCCCAAACCAUGAUGCUAGCUCCACCAUACUUUACAGUUGGGAUGAGGUUUUGAUGUUGGUGUGCUGUGCUGUGCCUUUUUUUCUCCACCCAUAGUGUUGUGUGUUCCUGCGAAACAACUCAACUUUAGUUUAAUCUUUCCACAGAAUAUUUUGCCAGUAGCGCUGUGGAACAUCCAGGUGCUCUUUUGCGAACUUCAGACGUGCAGCACUGCUUUUUUUGGGACAGCAGUGGCUUCUUCUGUGGUGUCCUCCCAUGAACACCAUUCUUGUUCAGUGUUUUACGUAUCGUAGACUCGUCAACAGAGACGUUAGCAUGUUCCAGAGAUUUCUGUAAGUCUUUAGCUGACACUCUAGGAUUCUUCUUAACCUCAUUGAGCAUUCUGCACUGUGCUCUUGCAGUCAUCUUUGCAGGACGGCCAUUCCUAGGGAGAGUAGCAACAGUGCAGAACUUUCUCCAUUUAUAGACAAAUUUUCUUAGCCUGGACUGAUGAACAUUAAGGCUUUUAGAGAUACAGUUGAAUUUGGAAGUUUACAUACACCUUAGCCAAAUACAUUUAAACUCAGUUAUUCACAAUUCCUGACAUUUAAUCCUAGUAAAAAUUCCCUGUCUUAGGUCAGUUAGCAUCACCACUUUAUUUUAAGAAUGUGAAAUGUCAGAAUAAUAGUAGAGAAUUUUUUAUUUCAGCUUUUAUUUAUUUCAUCACAUUCCCAGUGGGUCAGAUGUUUACAUAUACACAAUCAGUAUUUGGUAGCAUUGCCUUUAAAUUGUUUAACUUGGGUCAAACGUUUCGGGUAGCCUUACACAAGCUUCCCACAAUAAGUUGGGUGAAUUUUGGCCCAUUCCUCCUGACAGAGGUGGUGUAACUGAAUCAGGUUUGUAGGCCUCCUUGCUCACACACGCUUUUUCAGUUCUGCCCACACAUUUUCUAUAGGAUUGAGGUCAGAGCUUUGUGAUGGCCACUCCAAUACCUUGACUUUGCUGUCCUUAAGCCAUUUUGCCACAACUUUGGAAGUAUGAUUGGGGUCAUUGUCCAUUUGGAAGACCCAUUUGAGACCAAGCUUUAACUUCCUGACUGAUGUCUUUAGAUGUUGCUUCAAUAUAUCCACAUAAUUUUCCUUCCUCAUGAUGCCAUCUAUUUUGUGAAGUGCACCAGUCCCUCCUGCAGCAAAGCACCCCCACAGCAAGAAGCUGCCACCCCCGUGCUUCACGGUUGGGAUGAUGUUCUUUGGCUUGCAAGCAUCCCCCUUUGUUUCAUCAGACCAGAGGACAUUUCUCCAAAAAGUACGAUCUUUGUCCCCAUGUGCAGUUGCAAACCGUAGUCUGGCUUUUUUAUGGCGGUUUUGGAGCAGUGGCUUCUUCCUUGCUGAGCGGCCUUUCAGGUUAUGUCGAUAUAGGACUCGUUUUACUGUGGAUAUAGAUACUUUUGUACCUGUUUCCUCCAGCAUCUUCACAAGGUCCUUUGCUGUUGUUCUGGGAUUUAUUUGCACUUUUCACACCUAAGUACGUUAAUCUCUAGGAGACAGAACGCGUCUCCUUCCUGAGCGGUAUGACGGCUGCGUGGUCCCAUGGUGUUUAUACUUGCAUACUAUUGUUUGUACAGAUGAACGUGGUACCUUCAGGUGUUUGGAAAUUUCUCCCAAGGAUGAACCAGACUUGUGGGGGUCUACAUAUUCUUUUCUGAGGUCUUGGCUGAUUUCUUUUGAUUUUUCCAUGAUGUCAAGCGAAGAGGCACUGCGUUUGAAGGUAGACCUUGAAAUACAUCCACAGGUACACCUCCAAUUGACUCAAAUUAUGUAAAUUAGCCUAUCAGAAGCUUCUAAAGCCAUGACAUCAUUUUCUGGAAUUUUCCAAGCUGUUUAAAGGCACAGUCAACUUAGUGUAUGUAAACUUCUGACCCACUGGAAUUGUGAUACAGUGAAUUAUAAGUGAAAUAAUCUGUCUGUAAACAAUUGUUGGAAAAAUUACUUGUGUCACGCACAAAGUAGAUAUCCUAACCGACUUGCCAAAACUAUAGUUUGUUAACAAGAAUUUUGUGGAGUUGUUGAAAAACUAGUUUUAAUGACUCCAACCUAAGUGUAUGUAAACUUACGACUUCAAAUGUACGUUUGUAACCCUUUCCAGCUUUAUGAAAGUCAACAAUUCUUAAUCUUAGGUCUUCUGAGAUCUCUUUUGUUCGAGGCAUUGUUCACAUCAGGCAAUGCUUCUUGUGAAUAGGAAAGUAACAUUUUGUGAGUGUUUUUUAUAGGGCAGGGCAGAUCUAACCAACAUCUCCAAUCUCGUCUCAUUGAUUGGACUCCAGGUUAGCAGACUCCUGACUCCAAUGAGCUUUUGGAGAACUCAUUAGCCUAGGGGUUCACAUACUUUUUCCAACCUACACUGUGAAUGUUUAAAUGAUGUAUUCAAUAUAGACAAGAAAAUACAAUAAUUUGUGUGUUAUUAGUUUAAGCAGACUGUGUUUGUCUAUUGUUGUGACUUAGAUGAAGAUCAGAUCAAAGUUUAUGACCAAUUUAUGCAGAAAUCCAGGUAAUUCCAAAGGGUUCACAUACCUUUUCUUGCCACUGUAUAUAACAGUGAUGUAGUGAUAAAAAAAACGUGUGUAAGCGCUGACCGCCAUUCGAGGUGAGUUAAGUAACUCUCCCUAUGCUUUCGAUGCAUUUCCUCGCAAAAGGUGGGUAAAAAGUUUGCACAAAAUAACAAAGGUGCGUAAAUUGCGUUUACCCUCCACUACACGACUGAUAUAUACAUUAUAUUUAGUCAUUUAGCAGACACUCUUAUCCAGAGCGAAUUACAGUUAGUUAUUCAUCUUAAGAUAGCUAGGUAAGACAACCAUAUAUCACAGUCAUAGUAAGUAAAACCUUUCCUCAAUAAAGCAGCUAUCAGCAAAGUCAGUGCUAUUAAGAAAAGAGAAGUGUAAGUGUUAGUGCAAGAAAGGCAUGAGUGUUAUUUGGUUAUUAUUAUUUUAAAUAUAUUCUUACGGAACACCGCUAUAUGAAGAAAUAUAUGCAUCAGAAGUAUCUAAUCUUACAUCUCUCUGUCUGUCUUUUUCUUUCAGGUGUGAUCAAGACAGCCCUGCCAAACAUGGACAGGGAGACGAAGGAGAACUAUGUCGUUGUGAUCCAGGCUAAAGACAUGGCUGGCCAGAUGGGUGGGCUGUCAGGGACCACCACAGUCAGCAUCACCCUCUCUGAUGUCAAUGACAACCCACCACGCUUCCCCAAGAGUGAGUAUAGUGCACACACAAAGACAGAGGGUGCACUCACACACACACACACAGGCAUGCACACACACACACACACACACACACACACACACACACACACACACACCAUAAGCCCCCCCCCCCCCCACACACACACACACACACACACACACACACACACCAGCCCCCUGAAAUUAAAACUCAGUUCACAAUACAGAAGGCUCGUGCCAAGAAGGCAGCCUCCAUCUGGUGUCAAUUUCGAAAUUAAUGUGGAUUGUUGCAGCGAGUGGUACUGUGCUGCUGUAGCUGCGGCUGAGGUGUCUGUGUGUGUGUAUGUAUGUGUGUGACUGCAGCGCUCUCUGGAAGGCUGGGUAUAAUUAAAUGUAAAGCCAUGUGACAGAGGGAAGGGUCCUGCACAGUGCAUCAGAUCAAUCUGGUAUCAGCCUGGUAAUCCCUAUUAAAUGAAAAGAGUACUCUGUAGGAUUGUUCUCUUUCUCGCUCUCUUUCUCGCUCUCUUUUUAUCUCCUUCUAACUAUCACUUUUCGUCCCUCCCUUGCUGUCAUUCCUGAUCCCUCUCUCUCAGUCUUUCUCUUUCCAAUACUCUCAAUGUCACUGUGUGUGGCUCCGCUAAUGUCCUUUGUUUCUAGUUUUCUUUUCUAGUUUCUUUUCAAAGUGCUUAUUUUGCCAACCAUCUCACCUUCACCAUCUAUCCCACUUUCCCUCUAUCUCCUCUCACACGCUGUGUCUUGUCCCCCUCUCUCUCCCUUGCUCUUUCCAUCUCUGGUGCAUCUGGCGAAUUGCAAAUAUAUCAGAUUGACAGAUUACUGGUGUCAUUUUGUUUCCUCUCAAUAACAGCACUGUGUGUGUGUGUGUGUGUGUGUCUGUGUGUGUGUGUGUGUGUGUGUUACACUUGGAUUGAAUCAACACAUACAAGCCAAACAGCUCUUCACAUGACAAAACGCAUACAACCGUAGAAACCCUACCUCCAUUUAUCACCCUCUCCAACAGGGAGAAAAACACUGUCACUGCACCUCACCUCAAUGGACAGGACAGGGAGUGAGGGAGGGACAGAGGAGGGGAGGGAGAGAGAGAGAGAGGUAGGGGGGUAGAGAUGGAUAGAAAGGAAAUGAAGGUGAGACGGGAGGAAUAAAUAGAGGGAGGGAAGGAGGGAUGAAGAGAGAAAGAGAAAGACAGAGUGAGAGCAAGUGGAUAUUGUAAUGGGACACCCGGAGGAGGCAGAGUGUCAGGCAGCGAUAUCAUUGUUGUCUGCAAGACUGAUGCUUCCUCCUCUCGACCCAAUGCUAAAUACCUGUUAGCCUGGGAAACCUCUCCAUAGUGGUGUGUGUGUGUGUGUGUGUCUAUGCCUGUGUGUGUGCGUAUGCGUGUGUACCUGCCUGUCUGUGUGUGCGUGUGCGCGUGAGACAGAGUCCUGCCGACUCGGGCGUUGCCAGAACGCUGUCAGCGUGUUUUAUGAGGGUGUCAGUAGUGUUUGUCUCUGCAGCCUGUGUGUAUAUCAUUUCCAUCCCCCUGCAGACCAAGCCAGCUAUUUAUUUAAUCAUAUGAGAUACAGUGAGAUGCUCUAGCUGGCAGUCAGGAAAGCAUUAAUUUAUCUGGCACAAAUCAGGAAAUCACCCGUUAAAAAUAACUAUGUAUGUGCCAAUGUAUUCACGUUGAACAAAUGAUACGUGAUUGAUUAAUGUUGGCUUUUAAGAUGGAUUAAAAUGUUUGAAUUAAGGGGGUGGUCCAGGUGUUACAGAUGGAACAACAACAACUAAUGUGUGUGUGUGUGUGUGUGUGUGUGUGUGUGUGUGUGUGUGUGUGUGUCCGUGUCUUUCCUCCAGGUCUGUAUGAGUUCAAAGCUCCAGAGUCGACAGAGCCCGGCUCGACGGUGGCCGUGCUGCGAGCUACAGACGCUGACAUCGGCAGGAACGCUGAGAUGAACUACCGAAUCACCAGCAGUGACGGCCCAGCCAUGUUUGACAUUUCAACCAAUAGGAGCACACAGGAGGGUGUCAUCACCCUCAGGAAGGUCAGUGAAUGGCUGCAUUCCUAAUCUACCACUAGCCCAUAUCCCUAUUCCCCUAAUUCCUAGGACACUCCUUCAGUAUGGCUGGAUUCCAAAUCACUCCUAGCGGUCUAUUUCAACAAACCUAACGCAAUAGUAAAUCUAAGGGCUGGUGGUAGCGCUAUAGGUUCCGGGGUGUGUCAGAUUUUUUUUCUUCUGUUUUCACAACCAUAAUUAUGGCCGCAGUUCCUGGCGGUGGCGCGAAAGUGCUGGGUUUUGAUGAUUAAAUAAGUUGUGGGUGUGUAGAGGCUUGGCCCCUCACUGGCCAAUCAGAACAUGCUCCAUUGCUAAAUAUGUGGUUGCUUCAAGUUAUUUAUUUACGGUCUUUCAUGUAUUGCAUUGUCAUCAACUCCAAUUUGAAUGUUAGUCCGCUAUAGCCUAGAACAUGUUUGCAGUCCACAUUGUUCUAAUUGCAUUGCUUCAAUAUGGAAAUACACUACAUGACCAAAAGUAUGUGGACACCUGCUUGUCGAACAUCUCAUUCCAAAAUCAUGGACAUUAGUAUGGAGUUGGUCUCCACUUUGCUGCUAUAACAGCCUCCACUCUUCUGGGAAGGCUUUCGAUUCCCACGGGGGGCCAGUAUGAAAAUGUAUGCACUCACUAACUGUAAGUCGCUCUGGAUAAGAGCGUCUGCAAAAUGACUAAAAUGUUAAAUGUAAUUGUCAUGCUGAAACAGGAAAGGUCCUUCCCCAAACUGUUGCCACAAAGUUGGAAUCAGAGAAUCGUCUAGAAUGUCAUUGUAUGCUGUAGCGUUAACAUUUCCCUUCACUGGAAAUAAGGGGCCUAGCCAGAACCAUGAAAAACAGCCCCAUACCAUUAUUCCUCCUCCAUCAAACUUUAGAGUUGGCACUAUGCAUUGGAGCAGGUAGCGUUCUCCUGGCAUCCGCCAAACCCAGAUUCGUCCGUCGGACUUCCAGAUGGUGAUGCGUGAUUCAUCACUCCAGAGAACGCGUUUCCACUGCUCCAGAUUCCAAUGGUGGUGAGCUUUACACCACUCCAGCCAACGUUUGACAUUGCACAUGGUGAUUUUAGGCUUGUGUGCGGCUGCUCGGCCAUGGAAACCCAUUUCAUGAAGCUCCCAACGAACAGUUAUUGUGCUGAAAUUGCUUCCAGAGGCAGUUUGGAACUCGGUAGUGUGUGUUACAACUGAGGACAGACAAUUUCUAAGCUCUUCAGCACUCUGUGGUCCCGUUCUGUGAGCUUGUGUGGCCUACCACUUUGCGGCUCAGCCGUUGUUGCUCCUAGACGUUUCCACUUCACAAUAACAGCACUUACAGUUGACCGGGGCAGUUCUAGCAGGGCAGAAAUUUGACGAACUGACUUGUUGGAAAGGUGGCAUCCUAUGACUGUGCCACUUUGAAAGUCACUGAGCUCUUCAGUAAGUCCAUUCUACUGCUAAUGUUUGUCUAUGGAGAUUGCAUGGCUGUGUGUUCGAUUUUAUACACCUGUCAGCAACAGGUGUGGCUUAAAUAGCCAAAUCCACUAAUUUGAAGGGGUUUCCACAUACUUUUGUAUAUAUAGUGUACAUUGUUAAACAUAGGCUAUAGCAUCCAUACUGAUACAGGGGCUAGGCCUACUGUAAAUUGCAGCCUGUGGACAUGCCAAACGUACUCAAUAAGCAAGAUUAAAUUCACUAGGCUACGAUAAGGUCUAAAAUACAGUGUAUAAUUCUAAUCAAAUUCUAAUAAAAACAACAACUUGAUUUAAAUAGGCUAUGUCUAAAUACAGUUACAGGCACCAUAAUUGUUCUCCUAUGAUAUGAUAUGAUAUGAUAUGGCGUAUGAUACAAACAAGGCAACUUAGACUAUGGAGGGUUUUAGGCACAUCCAAACUUUUCACAGGAGCUGGAUAAAGACCCUAUAUAAAGAGAAAGGGGGAAUGUCCACUCACCGUUAUACUGCUCCCAAAUAUAAUGUUUUAUAAACAUAUUGGAACCAUCUUACAUAUCGCAUUCACACUUCUCCAAAAGUUACAUUGCAUGCGAACGACGGACGUUCUCAACAUAAAACCAGGAUGGUGAAUUGUUCUAAUAAGUUUGGUUUUAAUAAAAUGUAACGAAAAACAAGCUAUCUGUUUUUUUUUUUUUUUUUUUAACAACAACAAAAAUAAAUCAAUGUAAAAUGUCAUUGUUUAAAAUUGCCAGGAUAAAAAAAGACAACGAAUUGCUGUUGAACCAGCCUUUGUUAUAGUAGGCCUAGGAUAGUAUGGGUAGCCUACGGAGGGUUUUGAACGGAAAACAAGCUAUUGUUAUAUGAAAAUAACUUCUAAAUACGAGGUUCACCGGUAUUCACCAAGGUACUCAUCUUUCGUUUCAUGAUGGGCAUGGACACAUGUAGCAUAACUUUGUUGCUAAUGUCAAAAAAUUAUAAGCUAGGCUGGAUAGGCUGAAUAGUUUCCGCUGUCAAAAUUCAUGCCAUAACCAACUGCGUUACCGCUUAAACCAACUUUUGGUUUGUCUUAAAUAUCCCUACCAGCGCUGCCUGAAAUUAGCACUUUGGAUCACAUUUUUAAGGACACACAUCAAAUAUUUACAUCCCUCCCAUCUGAGCGCAAGCGAGCUGAUAUAAGACAGAUACAAUUACCAAUCCUUGCGUAAAAAUUUGAAAAUAGCAGAGGGCUGGCUGUAACAGGUCGAAAUUGCCAAUGAACGUGCAUUUGACACUAGCAUUAACACCGGCCGAAAAUAGAGCCCCUAGUCCCUGGUUCACGAGGCACUCGACCCUACUCCCUAGGUGUUAUCACCCUCAGGAAGGUCAGUAUGGCUGGAUUCCAAAUUGAACCAUAGCCCCUAGCCGCUAGACCCUACCACUUUGGGCACUUGUUCAUUAACAUUUUACAUUCAUUCAUUAAGGCUGGAUUCCAAAUCCACACCUAGCCCCUCAAUUAUGAAUGGAAUAGCGGUUGUACAGUAUCAUACGAGUUAUACGACAUAUAGUGUAGUAUGUAUUUCCUAGUUGUACAAUAGCAUACGAAUUGGAUGAUGUAACUUAUCACACAUCUUGGAGGACGAAUAGUAUUAUAAUUCUUUAUCUGAGACCAGGUUGCUUGAUAUGAUGUAACAACAAAGGAGAAUUAGGAGAAAAUGUACGUUGGCGGUUAGGGGAACUAAUGACAAAGAUUAGGAUAAUUUACGUAAAAGGUUAGGUGAAUUUACAUAACAGGUUAGGUGAAUUGGGUUAAGUUUAGAAUAAGGGUUAGGGGAAGGGGAAGCUAAAAUGCUACAGUUGUCCCAGACGCGACUUGGACACGCACCCUUUGGAUUGGUCGCAGAUUACACCCACCCAUCCUCCCCGACCAACGUCCCUACUUUAGUUCCUGUCUAAAGUAACUAGACAGUUAUGUAGGUAUAAUACUUCUUGGAGGUGCUCAGAAAUACUUAAAGUAUGUUUCGUAUGGCUCUGAGGCCAGGCUGACUCCCUAGAGCCCUAGCCCCUAGUUAGUAAUUGCGCUAGCGCUAGUUAGCAACCCCAUUCAAACCGCACGCAGAGACAUAAAAAUGGUAUCGACAAGUUCAUCUGACUCUGGGGAAGUGAUAAAAUCCCGAAGUAUCCCUUUAACUGCUUCACCUUGCCUUUUGGAUGGUUGGAAUUUUUGCCAUAUUGCUUACAUUUAUCCAGUCAUGUCAGAUAGACUAUUGAUACUAGGUAUGGCUUUCACCAGUACCAGCCAGUGGAGCUGAGCUGUUGUAUGUUUUGAUGUAUUAAAAAUAAUCAGAUUGUUGCUUUUUCAAGCGCUCCCUCCUCCGGUGUAGCUUUAAAUUGAUCACUUCACUUCCAUCAGGUCAUUAUUGAGUGGAGGAAGAUGUAAUUGCCUUCUGCUGAUGUUACUGUUGUAAUGAUCUUGGAGGGAUCUAAGCUAUGUGUGUGUGUGUGUGUGUGUGUGUGUGUGUGUGUGUGUGUGUACACAGGGUCUGGUCUACAUCUGAACCUACUCUAAUUAAAUGGCUUGUCUAGUUAAAGGGCAUUUCCUGCACCGCUGUCCCCAAACAACACAUGUUCAUGUUGACAUCAUCAAACCCCUGUCUAGAGAGCAGAGCAGGAGAAAAUCAAUCAAUGACUUAUUGAGUAUGAGGGGUCAUAUCAAAUUACUGUAUUUGAUUGAUAUAAAGUGCUGUACAGACAAUGCUCAGUUGAAAGCUCAUUGGAAAAACCUGCACAGCUGCACGUACACACACACACACACACACACACCUUUUGUUCAAUGACUGGAGGCCUGAAUUUGUUAGUAGCUCCCUCACAACUAAAAUCACACGUCAGAUGUGUUCUCUCCAGACAGCAUUAGUGUGACCUUAAAGGUGAAGAACAGAGCCAGAGGUUUCAACCCAAUCAUCUCUCCUUCCUCCUGAAGUGUGCACUCGUAAACUACUCCCUACAAAUUUAAAAGAGUUGAAUUGGUGUAUGCAUUAGCUAGAUGGAGUUACCAUAUACCAGUCAUUUCCUUUCAAGAAAGGAGAGAUUAUUGGGACUCACACCGAGAGAGGAGAGAAGAGAAUAGCGGUUUAAAGGGGGUCUGAACUCACUGAUUUCGCCUGGCUUUUCCGCCUCAUUAAGAAAUACAAUUUCUGAAACACGAAUUGCGUCUUGGGGGUGUGGUUUGAUAUGGGUGUGUUAUGUUCGCUAUAUCGUACUUUUAGCUUGUUCCUCUUCACUCACUGUAGUUGAGAUAUCCCCAAACCGCCACCGUACCAGGACUUUGGCUAAAGGAAUAAAUUGUGUUUGUGAUGCUAAUGUUAGUUCACAAAUGUGAGGAAGUUUGAGUUGGAAAGAACCCAAACCAUUUAUCGUUCUUUCAACAUAACAUUGUCUUGUACCUAUUGUUGUCUCAUGUAAACAAGUGUGAGGCACUGUGUGCUAAUGGGUAGUUCUGCUGCCAAUAAAGAAAUGGGCAGGCUUUAUUUAGGUUGGUUCUGCUGCUAUGACUGUUUAGCGCGCAGCUGUUUUCCCAUUCACCCUUAUUGCAUGCUCCGAUCAUUUAGAUGGGUGCUGCCAGCUGUUCGUGUUACUGGGCAUAAUUGUGGACAUGACUGAAAUCCAAACUCUCAAAUAUACAAGGACACUGGAUUUCUUAAAUCCCGCAAACCUCUGUUUUGGAAAAUACUGACAUUAUGACCCAAAUUAUUAUAUUUACAAUUUUGGCAACAGAACACGUGUUGAUGACCAAUAUCGAUGCCACAUAGGCCGUUUUCAACCAGAGAAUAUGUAUUUUUUCUUUUUUUCAUCCUUUAAGCCCUUUUUACACUGCAUACCCAAGUUCAUUUACUAAAGAAAGGAUAGCACCCAGACACAUGAAAAGAGGGAGAGGUUGAGUCACACUGAAUUAAUUCAAUUGUUGAUGAUGUGUGUCUGUGUGUAUCUCGCUGUGUGUGUCUGUGUGUGUAUUGCUUAGACAACAAAAGUGUUGCAUGUCAAAGGAUUUGUGUGUGUGAGAGGGAAAGAAAGUUAAACAAAAAUGUGUUAACUGGCGUGUGAGUUGUUAACCCUCUUCUCUCUCUCUCCUCAGCCUCUGGACUUUGAGAGGAAGCGGUUGUACACUCUAAGGAUCCAGGUUGAGAACUCCAACCCUGACCCACGGUUCCUGCGCUACGCGGCGACUACGGACGAGGCGACGGUCAAGUUGAUCGUGGAGGAUGUGGACGAGCCGCCGGUGUUUGACCGGGUCAGCUACGUCAUGGAGGUCAAAGAGGACUCGGCCUUAGGCACCAUCAUCGGAUCGGUCAGUGCCACAGACCCAGACAGUAGCCGCAGCCCUGUCAGGUACUACAUAUGCACACAGCUCCUGAGACAUCUACUAGUGGUCAGCAGGCCUGGGUCAACAUAUUAUCUGUUUACUUUCAAAUAUUUUACUGUACUUGAGUUACAAAUACAGUCUAAACAACUCCUGCCAGUAGCAGCGCAUUCCUCAAUCACAGUGUGGUGAUCAGAGAGAGAGUGUUAUCCUGGAGUGCCUGCCGAGGCUAGAAGUUAGAGCACUUUAUUACUGGUGUCAAAUAUGGUAUCAUUCACUUUUAUCAGCGCUCAUCAAAAAGGAUGUGCUUUGUGGCAUUUAGAGAGUAGGGUGACGAGGGGAGGGGAGGGGAGGGGAGGAGAUGAGAAGUGAGGAAAGGAGAGGGGAUGAGAAGCAAGGAGAGGGAAUGAGAAGAGAGGAGAGAGGAGGGGAUGAGAGUAGCACACACACACACUUUUAUCUGGUGUAAUUAAUCAGGGGAGGGUCCAGGCCCAGCCAACUGAAUUAUUGAGAAUAUUAGAAAGGCAAUUGGCACCCCAACAGGACAGAUAUAACGAGUUUAGACUUGCUGUCGGAAGCAAGAGGGGCAAAGAGAGCCUGUGUGUGUUUAGAUAAAAAUGCUAAAACGGUUUGUGCUGGUAAACAACUAAAAAUACUGGCUGUGGAAGGGUAGAGGAUUAGACAGUAGACGGAGAGGGGAGAUAGGGAGAAAGGAGAUGAGGGUAGGGGUGCGGUGGUGCAUGGUCCCUGAGAGACCUGGUUCACGCACACCCCCUCCGGGGGUCUGCUUCCCCCAUCUACUCCCCUGCUCUCUUCAAUGUCUAUGUUUGUGUCCCAAAUGGCACCCUAUUCCCUAUAUAGCACUAUGAGCCCUGGACAAUAGUAGUGCACUAUAUAGGGAAUAGGGUGCAUUUGGGAUGCAACCUACAUCCGCUACUCCAUUAAUCAAACUGAUGUAUCACACUCGUCCUCAGGAAGUGAAGAAAAACAACACUAGAUAACCUGUUUGUGUGUGUGUUUAUGCAUUUAUGUUUGUGUGUGCAUGCAUUCGUGUGCGAGUGUAUCUCCAAACAGCCAUUAGGACCCCUCCACCAUGAUAGCACAGAUAAACAUUUUUGGAGUCGUUCUAUUUUUAGCGGAACAACCAGACUACAAAUGUCAGUCAUCCAAAUUGCUUUCAAAUUGGAUGAUAUACUGUAUGUAGCAGUAUGAUGUAUUGUUGUGGGUUUCUGUGAAAGAAAGUGAGGACAUUUAUACUUGUUUGUUUUGUGCAGAUACAAGUACUCGAUAGAACAGCGCGCAGACUAAGACAGGGUGUAUAAUAUUCUUGUGAAUAUUGGCUGUGAGGAAGCUUAUAUUUGUUGUUUGUGUUGUGCAGGUACUCUUAAUACACUGCCUCACAGCCAAGGUCCCGGUGCAUUGGGUUUGUGUGAAAGAAAAUGAGGCAGCUUAUAAUUGUUUGUGUUGUGAGAAAGUGAAGAGGAUGCUUAUAGUUGUUGUUUGCUAUGUGCAGGUACUCAAUUGACCGGCAUACAGACAUGGACAGGGUGUUCAACGUGCACCCGGGUAACGGCUCAGUGUUCAUGCUAACGACUCUGGACAGAGAGGCGAACCUUUGGCACAACAUCUCUGUCAUCGCCACUGAGUUCAGUAAGUAGCAUGUUGAUCAUUGACACACACACAUACAUACAUACGAUCCACUCCAUCGGUACAAGUGGAAAUUGGGUGUGUGUAUAUGUGUGUCAGUGAACUACUACAAUUACUUCUAGUAGUUACAUGUACAGUACUAUGAGCAGUAAUCAUAUCAAAGGCAGUUAUUGUGUUUCCUUGGUGUGGUUAUUAAAUGUAAUGUUUCUGUGUUUCAAAGACAAUCCACGGCUGAUGAGCCGCGUACCAGUGUACAUCAGAGUACUGGACAUUAAUGACAACGCUCCUACAUUCGCCACUUACUACGAAACAUUCGUCUGUGAAAACGCCAAGGCUAACCAGGUAAUGGAAAACCAUGUAUUAUUAUUUUAAACCACUACAGUAAGUCUUCUUUCCCACCUAAGAUCCCCCAACUGAUCGUACCUUCAUCAGUUAAACCUUGCCUCGGUCACAGAAAAUGACCUUAUACCGGAGGGUUUUCAGGUUUAACAUUAGAGCUCCCUUCUCUCCUUAACACUUUUGUCUUGUUCAUCUGGAUAAAGACAUGACAAAAGAAGAAGAAGUAUGUCAUCUGUGUUUGAUCAUAUUUUUCUUACCUUUCUCAGAGGAUUCAGACAGUGAGCGCUACAGAUGCUGACGAGCCUAUCAGUGGACACAGAUUCUUCUUCAGUCUAGCACACGAGGUCUCAGGGAAAGCCAACUUCACCGUCCGAGACAACAAAGGUACACUUCUUCUUGGAGAACAACAGCUGACACACAAGUUAAUUAAUAACCAGUUUUUUUUAUUUAGUUUUUUCAAAACAAAUGUUUUCCACAGCAGCCGUGAUCACAGUAGUGAACUACAAGUAGUUCAACUUGUAACAACAUUUUGCAGUAGUUUGGUGGUAGUUGAACUACAUUCAGUAGUUCAACUAGUAGUUAAUAUUUUUAUUUUUUUUACCAUGUAGCGGUGAGCUAACUACUGGAACUACACAUUACUUUUUUGGGCAAAAUUCUAAUUAAAUAUGGGUGAAGGAGGCAAGCAUUUCCUUACAUUUUCAGCAUCAGACCUGCCUAAUUCUCACAUUGAAACAUAGUUUUAGUGUUUAAUAGGCUAAAUCUGUUCUUGCAAUUUGUAGUCUAUAACGUUUCAGAUUUAGACAUGAUAAUUUACCAAGAAGUAGUGAACUACUUUUUCAUAGCAACUUUAGUUAAAGUACAUUGUUUUUUUGUUUUUUUUUACCCAUUUUUUAACCUUUUUUUUUUAUUAUUAUUUUUAUUUAUUUUUUUUGUCAUUUAGCAGACGCUCUUAUCCAGAGCGACUUACAUGAGCAAUUAGGGUUAAGUGCCUUGCUCAAGGGCACAUCGACAGAUUUUUCACCUAGUCGGCUCGGGGAUUAGAACCAGCGACCUUUCGGUUACUGGCACAACGCUCUUAACCACUAAGCUACCUGCCGCCCGUGAAUAUUUUUAUACGUUCAUAUUCUGUUAACUCAUACCUAAAUAAUGUUGUUGACACGUCUUAUACUCAUAUUUGUGGCCAAAGGAUAAAUUGGAGAAAAAACACAUAAAGAACACCUCCAACUUGUAUCUCAAACAGACCGUUUAAAAAAAUACUUGCUAUUUCCUCAUUGAAUAUGUCAUGUUGGCUAUUUGGCUGAGCUGGCCAAUCAGCAGUCUACUCUGUGAAUAUUUUUUAUGACCGGUAUACGCCCACACCAUUCCAACACAGAAAACUGCUUUUUACCAUACUUAAUAUUUUUUUUUUGAAAACAAUAUUUCACUCAGUAAUUAAUUAUAGGUCAUAUUUCAUAGAAAUCUGGAAACAUUGGAUAGUUACGUUAAGUAAACACUUAAUGGUAGUUUAACUUCUUCAAGUGUGAGAUAAUUGGUACCUUAAUAAUCUAUAUUUUCGGAGUAGCUUCCCCAACACAGCAAUUUGUCAACCUCACCUAUUCAUAUAUAUUUAAGCACACUCUAAUAUAAUAUUUAAGGCUAUUAAUUGGAGACAAUAAACUUUAUUGAAAGAAACAAACUUCUUUGAAACUGGGGAACAUUCCUAUAUCUAACUUGUAUAGUAGCUAACUCUAAAGUGUCUAACAGACAACAUAGCCUAUAGCUGCUUACUCCUCAGUGCCUCUCCACAGACAACACUGCUGACUUAUAUAGUAUCCAACUUGAAGACGUCUAUCUCCACAGACAACACUGCUGACUUAUAUAGUAUCCAACUCGAAGACGUCUAUCUCCACAGACAACACUGCUGACUUAUAUAGUAUCCAACUCUAAGACGUCUAUCUCCACAGACAACACUGCUGACUUAUAUAGUAUCCAACUCUAAGACGUCUAUCUCCACAGCCAACACUGCUGACUUGUAUAGUAUCCAAUUCAAAGACGUCUAUCUCCACAGACAACACUGCUGACUUAUAUAGUAUCCAACUCGAAGACGUCUAUCUCCACAGCCAACACUGCUGACUUGUAUAGUAUCCAAUUCAAAGACGUCUAUCUCCACAGACAACACUGCUGACUUAUAUAGUAUCCAACUCUAAGACAUCUAUCUCCACAGACAACACUGCUGACUUGUAUAGUAUCCAAUUCAAAGACGUCUAUCUUUAUAGACAACACUGCUGACUUAUAUAGUAUCCAACUCUAAGACGUCUAUCUCCACAGCCAACACUGCUGACUUGUAUAGUAUCCAAUUCAAAGACGUCUAUCUCCACAGACAACACUGCUGACUUAUAUAGUAUCCAACUCUAAGACGUCUAUCUCCACAGACAACACUGCUGACUUGUAUAGUAUCCAAUUCAAAGACGUCUAUCUCCACAGACAACACUGCUGACUUGUAUAGUAUCCAACUCUAAGACAUCUAUCUCCACAGACAACACUGCUGACUUAUAUAGUAUCCAACUCAAAGACGUUUAUCUCCACAGACAACACUGCUGACUUGUAUAGUAUCCAAUUCAAAGACGUCUAUCUCCACAGACAACACUGCUGACUUAUAUAGUAUCCAACUCUAAGACGUCUAUCUCCACAGACAACACUGCUGACUUGUAUAGUAUCCAAUUCAAAGAUGUCUAUCUUUAUAGACAACACUGCUGACUUAUAUAGUAUCCAACUCUAAGACGUCUAUCUCCACAGACAACACUGCUGACUUGUAUAGUAUCCAACUCAAAGACGUCUAUCUCCACAGACAACAAUGCUGACUUGUAUAGUAUCCAAUUCAAAGACGUCUAUCUCCACAGACAACACUGCUGACUUAUAUAGUAUCCAACUCUAAGACGUCUAUCUCCACAGACAACACUGCUGACUUGUAUAGUAUCCAAUUCAAAGACAUCUAUCUUUACAGACAACACUGCUGACUUAUAUAGUAUCCAACUCUAAGACGUCUAUCUCCACGGACAACACUGCUGACUUGUAUAGUAUCCAACUCUAAGACAUCUAUCUCCACAGACAACACUGCUGACUUAUAUAGUAUCCAACUCAAAGACGUCUAUCUCCACAGACAACACUGCUGACUUGUAUAGUAUCCAACUCUAAGACGUCUAUCUCCAACAGACAACACGGCUUGGAUCCUGACCAGAAGGAACAGCUACAGCCGGCUACAGAGGAGCACCUACCUGGUUCCUGUGGUGAUAUCGGACGGGGACUUUCCCAUGCAGAGCAGCACCAACACCCUGACUGUGCGUGUUUGUACCUGCGACCGUGAGGGGAACAUGCAGCUGUGUAACCAGGAAGCUCUGGUCCUCACCGCAGGGCUCAGCACUGGAGCCCUCAUGGCCAUCAUCAUCUGUGUCCUCAUACUGCUCAGUGAGUACUGUACAAUUCAGUUAAAUUAAAAACGCUUUAUUGAACAUUUUAUCUUGCAUGUGUCUUACAUACAGCACAUUAAAACAUCAAUCACAUCAACACACACAGAUGAUAAGCAACACAUUCAGAAGACAUUGACUUACGCCAUGUCAUAUUCUGAUCUCUGUUAGCCAAACCUUUCCUUGCAGUUUACUUAUCUUCACUGCAACUGCACAGAGCUAGAUAGGUGAUACAAAUCCAUACCAAGUAUUUUGUGGCAGCUCAAGCCUGUCUCAGCCCACCAAAGCCCUGUUUAUCAGUGAGUGUAUCCACAUACUGUAUGCACACCACCAAUGGUUCCCAACAGACACCAACUAUCCUUCAGAAAAUAGAAGGAACACAGGUGGGAAAAAUAACAAAAGUUCAAAAGCAUUUCUUUGUCUUGUUUCUGAAAUAAUCGUUAUCAAUGCAUUAUUGAGGAUCGAAGCACAUUCCUCACCUCAUUUCCUUUCCUCUCCCAUCUCAUACUCAAGUUAUUCUCUCUCUCUCUCUUUGUGUCUGUAGUAAUCGUGGUGCUGUUCGCUGCCCUGAGGAGGCAACAGAGGAAGAAGGAGCCUCUGAUCAUCUCCAAAGAGGAUGUGAGAGACAACGUCGUCAGCUACAACGAUGAGGGGGGCGGAGAGGAGGACACCCAGGCCUUUGAUAUCGGCACGCUGCGCAACCCAGAGGCUAUCGAGGAGACCAAACAGCGCAGGGACAUUAAGCCGGAGACCCUGCAUCCUCCUGUCCGUCGGACCGUGGUCCUCCCCCCUGCCCACAGGGACAACUCGGACGUCAGGGAAUUCAUAAACCAAAGGCUCCAGGACAACGACCAGGACCCCACAGCGCCGCCCUAUGACUCCCUGGCCACCUACGCCUACGAGGGAAGCGGCUCGGUGGCCGAGUCCCUGAGCUCCCUGGGCUCCGUGACCACGGAGGGAGACCAGGACUAUAACUACCUGAGCGAGUGGGGACCCAGGUUUAGAAAACUAGCUGAUAUGUACGGGGUAGAGGACAGUGACGGCUGCAGGGAUUCCUAA